AUGUUAAAUGCUAAUAGUAAUAUUUCCAUUAAAUUUAAUCAUGAAAAGUCAUGUAGACGUCCACUAUAUAAUAUUGAUUUUUUUAUCAAAGAAUAUAGGCAUCGUAUUUUGAAUGAUGUAGCAUCUGAUGAAAAGAGUAGUGGGUGUUAUACCAAUAUAUGUUUUUCCACAAAGUUGCCUCAAAUUUAUAAUGAAAAAUGGGUUCAGGAAAACAAAAACAUGUACCUGGCGAACACACCGAACGAAUAUUUAGUAGAACAAUAUUAUUUAAGUCAAGCAGGCUUUAUUUGCUGUAUGAUAUACACUCCAGAUGGCGAAUUCAUCAUUGUUGGCCACUCAAGUGGAAUGAUCCAGAUGCGACAUGGCAGUACCGGAACAGUCCUUUGUACGCUGCGCAAUAUCCAGUACCCACCGAAGCCAAUAUAUGCCCUUGAAUACAGUUUACAAGAAGAGAGAGUCUGUUACGCGGCGUGUAUGGAUGGUGCUGUGUACCGAAUUGAAAUACCAAAUAUAAACGUGUCAAUAGAAGAUCCACCAGAAUUCUGUAUUAGGGCAGAUCCAGCCCUCGAAUCAAUGAAUACGCAGUUCUAUGGAGCUCCUGGAAUCUCAUCAUCUUCUACACCAUUUAUUACGCAAAGGUACUCGGCGCUAUCAUUGGGAAUUACAGCUGACCAGGCGAAAAUGGUCGUUGGUUACGGCGACUCCUCCAUUAAAGUGUACGACAUGGAAACCCAAGAGUUAGAUUUGACAUACAAAGUGCAGAAGCUGCGACUGCAGUUUAUACCGAAGAAACUACAACGUAUGCAUACCGGCCAGGUCUGUGCGCUGCGUUGCCACGACCAGAAGAUCUACAUGUUUGCUAGUGGAGCUUGGGAUAGAACUUUGAGGAUUUGGGACAUACGGUGCAAAAUUGGCUGUGUAAUGACAUUCGAAGGUGUCGAUAUAUGCUCCGACAGCAUUGACUUAAACAGGGACCAUUGCCUAGCUGGCAGCUGGCAACCAACCGAAGCUCUGACAGUGUGGGACCUUGUAGCAAAGAAGAAACUGAAUACUAUACGAGUGCAAAAUCGACGGCCUGAUGUUGACGGCGAGUACAUUUACGCUUGUCGAUACUGGAGGUCGAAAGAGUUUAAUCGCAAAGGAAAGUAUGCUCUCAUAGGUGGUAGCGGCACCAGUUGCUUAGAAGUGAUUAACUUGCACAAUAGGUACAUUAGCUGCUCAUAUCCCGUUACUGGAACGAUUCUGGCGAUCGCCAGCCACCAAGAACGAAUAGCCUUCGGAGGCACUGCUCCUGUACUUAAUAUUGUCAGCUUCCACGAUCCCAAACAUGAGCAAUAUAGAACUGAAACUGUAGUAGAUGGUGCAACAUGGACUCCUGGCGACGAGUUUAAGGUUUAUUCAGCAACAGAUUUAGAAACAUUUGAAAAUUAG